ACGGAAAUACUUUUGGAAGUGUAGUCUCCCGCUUCGCGCCCUAAACUUCUGACCGCACAACACUUCGACAGCUCAAACAGUGCGCAUUAACUUUUUGCCUUUCUGUGCAAUCGGAAUUCAAGCAAGUUGAAGUUAGUUGAGCACUUGCACAAACCGACGAGCAGAGAUGAUGGAUGUAAUGGGGGUUGAGCGGGGCUCGGACACACGCGGUUGUGCGAUGACGGCAUCGGCACGAAGCUUGCCACAUGGCACAAGAGAUUCCGUGGCCCACGGGGAUGACCUCACGGCGCCAGGGGGGAUUGCGCAGCCCCGUGGUGCCAUCGACGGGAGAUAAGGCUGAUCACAGCUUGUUUUGCAUGGCGGGUGUGCAAUUAAAAUCGCCAUUAACCAGCCAACUUAAUGCUCAUGCACCAGCGGCACGCGACGCUUUCAAGUUUUCAAGCUCCGCCAGCGAAAUGUCUACUUCCGUCGGCCCAGAACCGUGCAACGUGGUCUGCCCCAGUUGUCGUCAACAGGUUACCACUCGUGUGGAGCCGAAAGCCUCCACCAAGACUCACCUGAUGGCACUGAUUAUGUGCCUUACCUUCCUAUGGCCCUGUGCUUGUUGCCUAUACUGCACCGAAUGCGCCCGGAACUCCGACCACCACUGUCCAUCUUGCAACGCCUACAUUGGCACCUACGAGCGCUGAGCAGCUUCGCCGGAAGUUGUCGUUUUUCCGUGGACUGCAGCCAGCCGCCGUGCCGAAAUGCAGCCCAUGACAUAUCUCACUUGAUCUCUUGU